AUGUCCGCUGCCUCCUCCAACCUUGUGGGGGACGCCCGCUUGGAGGACAGCACCGUUAGCGACGAUGAGGCGGAAACGUCCGACGGCGCCGGGGCCGAGCUCUCAGAGCAGCUGAGCGCCUCAAGCCUUCACGAGGACAGCGUGCCCGCCGACUGCGCCGUCCUGUGGGCGUCGCUCGACCCUGUGCGGCGGUGCAUCGACUUUUACCCGCGCGCGAUCGCGCAGCGGCUCGAGGCGGCGCUCGGCAGCGGCGAGGACCGCUGCGUGCUCGGCGCCGACUUUUUCAACGCGACCGUCCACCUCCCGCCGGACGGCGGCUUCUGCCAGACGACGCCCGGGCAGCACAUGGGGCGCUCGGGAUACAAGGCGCCGGGCUUCCGCUCGGCGUGCCGCAUCGUGCACCCGCGCAGCGCGCGCACGGUGACGCUCCAUGGGCGUCGCGUGCAGGGCGAGUGGCGCCUCCUAGGCGAGUGGCGCCUCGCCGAGAGCGGCGACGACGCCGAGUACAGCUUUGUCGAGGUCGCGCCCGCGCACUGCAUGCUGUGCCGCGAGGCGGCGGAGGAGCCGUGCGCGCCGCUGCAGACGUGGGGCGCCGCGGACAUGGCGUCCUCCGCCCCGGCCGUCCUGCGCAAGCCGGUGGUGGCAGUGGUGGUCGUGUGGCAGUGGUGCCGCGGCACACCCGAGCGCGACGGCGAUCCGAUGCGGCUCGGCGACGAGAUGUGGUGCCCCUACCUCUCGGACCAGAACACGGCGAUCGAGGCGGCCUUCAGCGCCGGCGCGGGCGCCGCGGCGGCCCGAUCGCUCCGCGUUACCUUCAGCCCUGGCGCGCCUACCGCACCACCCACGGGACUGAACCCACACUGGGUUCGAUCCUCUGGAGGUAUGGUACUAGGCACGCCGUGCUAG